AUGGAAUUCGAAGCACCAGGUGACGAACAUGGCCGCACUCGCUUGGUAAUUGACGAAGAAACACUGGAAAUGUUAAAGUAUUUCUUCCUUCAUAAGAGCAUGGAUUCGUCGAAAAAGGAAAAGUUGCCCUUGAUUAAAGAAUGUGCAAAUCGUGCGAAGCUAUCAGAACAUCAAGUUAAGGUAUUAUAUAAUAUUAUGUAUUAUGUAUAUAAUUAUUUUCUAUGCGAGUUCAUAUUUUAAAAUGAAUAUUUAUAUCAUUUGACCUUUGAUGUCUCCAAUGCAACAGUGAACAUGCAACAGGUAAAAACAAGGAGAAUGGUGCCUCCAUCAUAAUGAUGAGAAUAAAUAGGGAGUCUUCUCUCCCCUCUACAGAGGCUUCAAAUUAACAUGAAAUGGGAGAAUAUUAAUAUAAUUUGAGAUCAAUAAUGGGAGAAUAUUUGUAGAAUUGGUAUUAAGCCGGUUACAGACGAGCAAGUUUUCUGGCAUCAAGGAUUUUUAAGAAUGGUUUAAUAGUAUGAAUCUGAGGGUCAAAUCAAUAACAAUACAUGAGAAUAAUUUAUUGUAUUAAAAAUCAAUAUAACAACACAUGAAUACCAUAAUAUAAUAAUAGACAUACAUUUAUAUAAAUGUAUGUGUUUUUACUGUUUUAUAUUAGAUGUUUUGGUAUUCAUGUGUUGUUAUUGAUUUUAUUGAUUUUAUUGAUUUUAAUUCUUUUCCAGCAUUGGAUAAAUAACUACAAGUCCAAAAUAAGUGGACGCAUGUCAGCAAGGAAAGCAAAAAGUAAGCUCAUCAGAAAAAGGUCUGGGUUUAACAUGUUUGCCAGCGAGAGUCUCCUUAAAGGUACUGUACAUACAUAAAUAGUUGAUGUAAUUGAUAUAGUGAAUAUAUUAGAACCAUAUUAACCAGCUGUAUUGCAGCAAAAUGUGUCUUAUAUUAUUAAUCCAUUGAGCUAUGAGCUGCAAUGCACCUCAGUGCGCCUUACUUCUUUUCUUUACUUGUCUAUAGCCAGAUGAUUUUACUCGUCAAUGGGGAAGUUCUGUAGCUUAUUGGUUAACCCAUUGAGUCGCAUUGCACCCUGAUGCACCCUACUUUAGUAUUUUACUCUGUCUAAUGCCAGAUGAUUUUACUCAUCAAGUGGAAUGCGCUGGCGCUUAAUGGGUUAACUGGCCUAUCUGCCCAUGUGUCUAGUUAACCCAUUGAGUCGCAUUGCACCCUGAUGCACCCUACUUUAGUAUUUUACUCUGUCUAACGCCAGACAAUUUUAUUCGAGAAUCGAGAAAGGGAGAGCACUGGCUCUUAAUUGGUUAAGCCACAAAGCCUCAACCCACCUUAGCCCCAAAAUUGGCUGCAUUUUGUAUUUUUCUCAUAAAAUGCAUUUAAACAGAUAAUUUGUACAUAUGAGCAUUUAUAUUAUUCUUUCAAUCUUUAAUUAUUAAGGAUAUAUCAUGAGAAGUUUUUAAAAUUAACUUUCAUUUUGCUACAUUUUGGAUAGUUUCACUAAACAUCUUCAGGCUAUUUACAACUUUGUCUAACUAUCUGAAGACAGGUAGUGAAACUACCCGAAACGCAGCAAAAUUAAAGUUAAUUUUAAAAAGUUCUCAUGAUAUAUCAUUAAUAAUUAAAGAUUGUAUUGUUUAUUUCUGGUCAUUUUGCCACUCACAUCACAUAUGUAUCAUACAACAGUAUAAUGUACCAGAGUAUAUGUGUUUAUAGGGCAUAUGUGUUUAUGUGUUUUUGGGGUUUUUUGUUUUUGUUUGUAUAUAUCUGCUAACCUUAGUAUUUAUUUAUGAUAAUAUAAUAUACACACAAGUUGUAGCUGCCUGUUAAACAAUACCAAAAAAAUUUCAGACAUGCUAAAUGCUCAUAUUAAGUAUGCAUGGUACAAGUGCAUUGUCGGUCAGUAUAAACUGCAGACUGCAGACCAGGUAUAAUGUGCAGAAUGAGACUAAAUUGCAAACCGAAUACACAGACUUGGUAUAAAAUGCUGACUAUAAAUUAUAUAUAAUAUUCUUAAGAAAAUACAAAAUAAAAUUGUUUAUCUCACACUUCCUGAUUACAUGAAAAAUCUCAAUACAGACAGUGUCACCCCAAUCUGAAAAUUGAAUAGAUCAUCGAUUUAUAAAACAACUUAAAUAGAUGCAUGAUAAUGAUCUAUUUAGGGGAAACUAAUGAAUGCCUAAUCCCCACCUCACCCCCUCCCUAACCCCUAAUGAGUGAUAACGUAUUGUCUAUAUUGGGGUUAUGGAGGGGGUGGGGGUUAGGCAUUCAUUAGUUUCCCCUAAAUAGAUCAUCAUCUAUUUAAGCUUUUUUUGUAAAUCGAUGAUAAUGAUCUAUUCAAUCCCAAGACUGGGGUGGCUCGGAACAUAACGCUGUAUGGGUUACAUGAGUAUGUAACAAUAGAAGUCUUACUUGACUAUUAAAAAGUUUAUACGACACUGUCUGUACAUUGAUAUUUUUCAUAAACAAUUUUCCUUUGCAUUUCCUGAUGAAUAUUAUAUAAACUUUAUAGUCUGCAUUUUGUACCAAGUCUGCAUAUUUGGUCUGCAAUUUAUACUCAUUCUGCACAUUAUACCCGGUCUGCAGUUUAUACCGACCGAAUGCCUUGUAUUUUUGGAAAAAAUAAGUAAAAUACAGCCAAUAUACAGCCAAUUUUGGGACUAUGUUAGAUAAGAUUAAUGUUAAUCCAUUACUGUAAUAAAAUAUUUUAGUGGGAGACAGUAUUGCAACUCAAUGUACAUGUAUUACACAUUGUUAUUUUACUCCAAACAUUUUUUAUUUUUAGAAAGCAGUGAUUCUCGGUGUGAUGCUUUCAAAAACUUAGGUCAGCAGUGGACGGAAAUGACUGAUGAUGAAAAGCAACAAUAUAAGACAAGAGCCUUGCUCUGUGAGAAAGAUGUGUCCUCACCAUCAAAUGAUGUGAAGGCCAAAAAAAAUUAUAAAUAAUAUGAUGAAAGAGGUAAAUAACACAAAUUAUGGUAAUGAAUUACAGAGAGAUGUUUAAUAUACAAUACAUAUAAGUAUUGUGCAUUUUUUACUAUCCAUCUAUCUAUCUAUCUAUCUAUCUAUCUAUCUAUCUAUCUAUCUAUCUAUCUAUAUGUAUCUAUAUGUAUGUAUCUAUCUAUGUAUCUAUAUGUAUCUAUCUGUCUCUGUCUUAAUCUUGAAAUACAAGGUGCAAGAAUUGGAAGCUUUAGGAGGACACUGUUUGUUAAUCUGUGGGUAUGGUGGCAUUGUGUAUCAUGGUACAACAGAAGUUGGUAGUAAGAUGUUGACCGGAGAAAUUGAUUUGGUUGAUAAUUUUGCUGACCUGCUCCAAUGUAUGUUUUUCAUGUAUUCAUGUAUUCUACUUAUAGUACAGUACAUGUACAACACCUGCACUUAAGUGUCCUUUCCUCAGUGUAACCUAUUGAGCUGCAGAGCUUGCCCAUGAAUAGAAUUGUCUGGCAUAUUAGGUAGGUUAAAAAUAUAGUUAGGGCACACUGGGGUGCCUUGCAGCUUAAAGGCACAGUUCAUGUCACCAUCUGAGCAAUGUGAUAUAUACCGUACUGUAUUAGUUAAUAGGGAGUUUAAGAUGCCGACAAUGAACAACGGGUACGGACUACGGUUGAAAGCUUGUUUUCGCAUUGUUUUCGCAUUGCUUUAACUGAGGCAGACAAAAUUUACAUAUCCCCAGAGCAUACUUUUCACCGUAGCGACCUUGGCUACAGCGUAAAAAUCACAUUCUUGUGUUGUAAAACAAUAUAGCACCGAAACUGACUACGCAACGUUGCAGGUUGGAGAGUAUUUUUAUAAGGAAAUUAUUAAAAUUAAAAGAUGAAACUUACUGAACACAAAACCAUGCACAUAAAACAUAUUUGGGAUAAAUUUGUUAUGACAAUCAUUUAGUAUUUGCAUAUAUAUAACAAAAACUAUUUCAAACCUAGUCGGUAGUUCGUCGUCAAGAUCUUAAAUCCCUAAUGAGUCAUUAUCAGCCACAUAUUUAGGUCAGUCCUUUAAUCUUGUACAAAUAUGAAAAGGUUCACAAACUUUCAGGUUUUUUUGUUAAUAGAUGCUUUUACACGUUGGCAAUACUGGGAUCUGUAUGUGAUUUCGGGAUUCACUAUAGACCCAUUGCACUGACGUCACAAAUCCUUAAAGUGUCCUCCAGAUGCUCCCUAACAAUAUCUGUUCGGGUACUACAACCACAUACAGCGCAAAAAUUAACCAUUUUAAUACAAAAUCAUUAUAAAGUUUUACAAAAUUUGCUUUGUUUACAAAAGUUAUAUUAUGCAUAGAUUGCUAAUUUGUCGUCCAAAUUCGACAUAUACCUUCUUUUUAUGGGUUUUGCAUCCACAAGUCAAACUAUUGGUAACGAAGCAUCCCAACAAAUUUUGUAAAAGUUUUCUUUUUUUUUAAGAUUCCAACGUUGGAAAAGUGGACAUUUCUGUUAAGUGUAUUCAGGAACUGUUUAAUAUGAAAUACGGUAAGUGUAUAAGAGUAUAUGAUCAAGGACGUCUGAAUUGCUGCUUUCCGUUAUGGCUGCAGUAACAAUGGUCUGAUUUGAAUAUGCAUGAACAGAGUUAAUGUUAUAAUGAUUGUUUUUUUAUUUUGUACAGGGGAACUUGUCAAACGGAAACACGCCAAAAUGCCGUACUCGAAAUUGAAUGAGUAUGGGAUUAUUUUCAUGGGCCUUCCACCUCACUUAGAGAUAGAAAUAGGAACGACACCAAGAAAGCCUGCCUUGUAUGGCUCAUCGCAACGGCGUGAAUUGUGGCUCCACAAAAAGAGUUGGUCCUUAGCAACUCAUCCUUUCUUCCAGUCUUCCUUCUUGUCUUAAUACCUCAACAUCUUCCGUAUCUUCUAGUCCUUUUUCUUCUUCAAAUACUUCCACUCCUGUUGUUUCUUCCAGUCUUCCUUCUUGUCUUAAUACCUCAACAUCUUCCGUUUCUUCUAGUCCUUUUUCUUCAAAUACUUCCACUUCUGUUGUUUCUUCUAGUCUUCCUUCUUGUCUUAAUACCUCAACAUCUUCCGUUUCUUCUAGUCCUUUUUCUUCAAAUACUUCCACUUCUGUUGUUUCUUCCAGUCUUCCUUCUUGUCCUAAUACCUCAACAUCUUCCGUUUCUUCUAGUCUUUUUUCUUCUUCAAAUACUUCCACUUAUGUUGUUUCUUCCAGUCUUCCUUCUUGUCUUAAUACCUCAACAUCGUCCGUUUCUUCUAGUCUUUUUUCUUCUUCAAAUACUUCCACUUCUGUUGUUUCUUCCAGUCUUCCUUCUUGUCUUAAUACCUCAACAUCGUCCGUUUCUUCUAGUCUUUUUUCUUCUUCAAAUACUUCCACUUCUGUUGUUUCUUCCAGUCUUCCUUCUUGUCUUAAUACCUCAACAUCAUCCGUUUCUUCUGGUCCUUUUUCUUCUUCAAAUACUUCAACUUCUGUUCCCUUCAGUCUUCCUUCUUCUAACAUUUCCAAAUCGAACGAUUCUCCCGCAACGUUAUCUUCUCUACAUGACCUGCAUAGGGGGAAAAUCAUAAACGUCCCAAAAGGUACAGUGAUUUAUAAAUGUAUCUCGCUAUAGUAACUUGCUUACGGCUAAACAUAUACACAUACGUGUACCUUAAAUUUUGUAUGGUAUUACUGUGCGAGUAUGAAUACAUUUGUUCAGUGUGUGUUUGGUGGCGCAUACUUGUAGAAGUGUUUCGGGUCAGUAAUAAUUAAUACCAAUAUAGAAAAUUGGUAAAAAGUUCUAAUGUCAUAACGAAAUCAUCCUUCUAACUUUGACCUCAUGCAGCGAAAUAUCAUAUCAAAAUAGUAUCAAGAUAAACGCCCGUAUUCUAAAAGCUUACUCACACUCAAACUCAAUGAGUGGAGGUUCAAUCUGAGCUUCUCUUGAGUGUCAGUGCUGUUUUUAAAUAGCUGGAGGGUUAGUGUCGUACCUUACUAUGCGACUACUCAUCCUCCAGCUAUUCAAAAACAGCCUUGACACUCAAGAGAAGCUCAGACUGAACCUCCACUCAUUGAGUGUGAGCGUGAGUGAGCUUUUAGAAUUCGGGCGAAAGAGUCCAAGACGUUUUCGGUUUUUUUAUAUCUGUUCUCGAGGUGUUCACCUUAAAGAAUGCCAAUGACUUGUGAUGUCAUUUCACUCCCGCAUGAUAAAUACUUAUUAGAUUUUCUAAACGAAAAGAACCUCUAUAAAAUUAUAAGUAGAACUUUAAAUUGUAUAAUACUAUAGCACGUGCAAAGUUUCCGUGAAUUCUGUUUCUCUUGGAGACAAUGUGAAGGUAGCAAAUCUCAUUUAGUGUACAUGAGUAAAAUCACAACUCUGCUAAAAUGUCCAUAUGAAUACCUCGACAUCGAGACAACAAACUGUAUCGCGAGACCUAAAAUACUAUGAUGGCUUAUUUUGAAAUAUAUUUCCAAUAGGAAUCAAAAUUAGAAGAUGGCACAUUAAUAUAGAUAUGGUGUCACGUGUCCGAUAACAAUUUGAAUCGAAUCGCGAUUUAGUUUUAUUUUGUGAAUAAUUAUAAAGAGCACCACUAGAAAUGUACUUCUUUCUUCUAUUGGUAACGUUAACAACUCUCCUCUUUUAGAUAUGCUGUUUGGCGUAAUGUCGACAGACAGUGAUGUGGUUCAUGCUUUGGCAGUUCUUACAGGACGAACUGAAGUACACGGGCGAAAAUUAAAUGCUGGAAAUGUCGUAGUAGAGAUUCGGCGCAUUCUUGUACCUGGAUUGCUUCCUCUCUGUUCAGCAGCAUUUGACAUAAACGAACCUGUUUGUGAAGGCGGUUUUUAUGAGUGGCCAAGGAACAGACUAGCUAUCGUACAAAUAAAAUAG